AUGGCUCACCUCUUCCCAGCCCUCUGGGCUAUCGCCGGCAUCUUUCUUGCGGUCUACCGCAUCGUCAAGCGGCGGAGAAUCCUCCGCCUCCGUGGUCCACCCUCUCCCAGUUUCGUCUUCGGCAACACGCAAGAAAUUGCCGCAGCAGCUGACCCUGCAGAGUUAUACGACCUAUGGGCGACGACCUAUGGCUCAGUAUAUCGAGCUCAUGGUCCCAUGGGCUCCGACCGUCUCGUCAUUUGCGACCCCAAGGCUCUGGCACAUCUUCUUGCACUCGAUACCUGGAAAUAUUCACAUCCCCCGCUCGCCCUCUUGCAAAUUGGGAUGCUGACCGGCCCCGGGAAUCUCCUUUCCACCUUCGGAGAAUCGCACACCAAACAACGGAAAAUACUGAAUCCAUUGUUUGCUCCCGUAGCUCUGAAGAAAUAUGCGUCGGUCAUGUAUGAUGUCGCAUAUAAGGUAAUUACGGCCUGGGAGACUCAGCUGCAGACCAGCUCAGCCGACGAAAUCAUACCGGAUGUUUCGGAAUGGCAAGCAUUUUUUCUUCUUUUCCCAUCGAUAAACAACCUAUCAUUCGACAUCAUUGGGCUCGCCGCUUUCUCGACCGACUUCAGGUCUCUCGAUGGAGAACAGUCCUCCGUGGCAACCGCCCUCACUGCCGUCGGACAUGCUAAACCAUCGCCAGUUGCGGCGAAGAUUUUUCUUCUCUCGCAAGCCUUCCCAAUUCUGUUCAGGCUUCCUCUGCCACGCAGCAAGCUCGUGGAAAACCUUUCGCAAGCGAUGGAUGGGGUAGUUGAUACUCUCAUCAACGCCGCAAGAUCUGGCAAGCUCGCAUAUGAACAACUUGGAUCAGCGCUGGGCGUUUUGCUGUCAACAAAGGAGUUGUCGGACGAACAGAUGCGGAUACAUGUGUGUAUUUUCUCGUCUAUGCAUGACGACUCACCUAGCGUCGUCCAGGCGAAAUCAAUACUGCUAUCAGGCUUCGCGACGACUGCGAGCGGUAUCAAGUGGGCUCUCGUCGAGCUGGCGACGCAUCCGCACGCGCAAAAUCGUCUCCGCAAGGAGCUUAUGGCUUUCACAACGACCGACCCAUCGUACGAGGAUCUCACCUCUCUCGCACUGCCCUAUCUCGACGCUGUGGUCCGUGAAGCCCUUAGGCUCCACCCCAUCCUCAGUGAAUCGCCCCGUGUUGCUUUAGAAGACGAUCUUCUUCCACUUUCUGCACCAAUUCGAACGGUUGCGGGCGACCGUAUUGACAUGGUCCCAGUUCGAAAAGGCACUAUUCUCACUGUCUCGCUGUACUAUACCAACACGGCCAAGUCUAUCUGGGGCGACGAUGCCGCCGAGUUCAAGCCCGAACGGUGGCUGGACGGUGACCGGAUUCCGGACUCUGCAAAGCGGUAUCCAGGCUACCACCACACGAUGGUCUUUUUGGACGGGCCGCGGACGUGUUUAGGCAAGGGUUUUGCCCUUGCUGAGAUUAAGGCAUGUCAAAGACUCAUUGUGUUGUCGUUGUUUAUCCGCAAGUUCGUUUUCGCGCCGCGCGAUGGCCCGCAAACCCAGUAUGAGCGCGCGAUGUUCCUUGGGCCACAUCCAAAGGUUGCUGGUGAAAUAGGGGGUCGCUUGCCCAUACGAGUGACCCGGGUGGAGAGCUAG